UAACUCCCGCUUUUACAAAACAUAUAAUUAGAUUCUUUAAUUUAAAAAAUUUUCUGUUUAACGACACUGCUACUUAAGUAUUUGACAAAAUACUUAAGUAGCAGUCAAUUUUUUAUGAUAACCCUGUGGUAUCUAUUCAUUUGCUCUUUUCAUUUUUCUACUUAUGUGUAUGCAUAUAGAAAAAUACGUCAACAUGAAUUUUCAAAGUCGGUACUCAAAAGUAAAAGUCUCAAGCGGUUCCAAACGAUUGAUAUACAGUUGACCUAUACAGCUGAGCAGUAUUUAGGGUACAUUGGAGUUGGAUCUUCCCAACAAAUCUUCAAAGUUUUAUUUGAUACUGGAAGCGUUUACACAUGGGUUCCUAGUACCCUUUGUGAAAGUCCUGGGUGUUUACAGCAUUUGAGAUUUCACGCGAAAACCCCCAAACAUUAUCCGUUAUCUUCAAGAACAACGCGUUUAACUUUUGGAUCUGGAGCUCUGGAUUUCAUUAAAACGCGCGACAAAUUAUGUUUUAUAGAAUCUAUUUGUUUAAAAAAUCAAACUUUUGGCCUUGUGACACACGAAUACGACAAAAUUUUUUCUUAUGUUGCUUUUGAUGGUAUUGUCGGUUUGGCUCAGCCUGGUUUAGCUUCAGAUAGCUCGGAAUCCAUUAUCAAAUCUCUUUUACAGUUCUUUUCAAGAAAACCCAUUAUGACGAAGGAUAUGAAUGAAAAUACUGUUACCGAUAACGUUACACUCAACUAUUAUCAGAAUUCAAACAUUUAUAUACAUUUUCAUUUCUUGUCUCUGAGCAAACCUACACUUUCUUUUAUACCAGUAAAUGAACUGGUGGAUUCUUAUUUUCGUAAAAUUUUUUGGAUUGGUGUAAAUUCUAAUAAACACUGGAUUGUCCCAUUACAGGAUAUUCUAGUAGAUGGAGUCUCUUUAACUACCUGCCAACUGUACAAUGGUGAAGCAUGUCAGGUUAUAUUUGAUACGGGAACCACAGAUAUAUUAGGGUUUCAGGAUGACGUUCGAUUACUUCGUGAUGUCGUGGGAUUAAACAAGCCUUGUACAACCUGGGAUGAGUUAAAACCAAUUACCUUUCGAUUCUUAACGCAAGACGAAUUUAGUCAACCUAAAGAAUUAGACAUAACUAUAACACCACAACAACUCCUUAGCCACGAUCCUAACCCAGUUCUAUCAACUUUGGAUUGCAACAAAGGAAUUUCAGCAGGUUCAAUGUUUCAAAACAUGGACAAUGUUGAAGUAACUUCAGGUUCUGCUCCAGUACAUUGGAUCCUUGGUACUUCUUUUCUUAAAAAUAUAGACUUUAUUCUUGAUCCAUCAAAACGUCGAAUUGGUAUUAUUCCUUACUAGAAUGCAAUUCAAAAAAAAAUAUAUCCGCAUUAUACUUGUUAUACGUUUUUCAAAUUCAAUAAAACUUAAGCCUUUUAUUUGAAGAACGUCAAUGAGUCUAUUAUACGACAAAUUUGGAGACAGAUUUUUCAAAGUACUGGGGUGAAAAUUCACUAACCUAAAAAAAAAAACUUAUAGAUUAUUUUUUUUGUCCACUACGAAGUGAAUAAGAUAUAUUAUGUUUUCAAUUAUCAUGUGGGGAAAUUCUGUCCUAAUUU